UCUUCAUACUGACAGCAGCUCUCGAGGGUGAAUACUUGAUUAAGCUGCAGAACCUCUAAUAGAACUGGCACAUAUUGAUUUAUUUUUUUAAUAUAGGGGUGAAGGUGUUGACUACACGUAUUUUGAGGAUUGUGCUCUUCCCCCGAAUUCCGCUGAUACCAUUACAUCUCAGGGCAUUGCCUUAAUUUAUAGAUCUCAGGUGUUAUAUGCAACAUUGGAUUCUUCUACCAAGUGGUGAGAGGAUUCAUAUUUUCAAACACCGGCACACUUUUUUCCUUCAUCCGGUCGCUAACACCUUCGUUCUCCGACAUCUCAAACGAAAGAAAGCGUCGGUUCUACUCAUUCAAGGCUGGUGGAUAGGUUCUCUACAGUACAAUGCUGAUAAGUUUGUAUACUCUGAUGACAUUUGUAUGGGGACUACCCGGCUUUUCGGCCUCUUACGUUCCCUGUGAGCCGUGCGAUCAGAAGGCGAUGUCCAUGUGUCCUCCGGUGCGGACGGGGUGUCAGGUGGUGAAGGAGCCCGGCUGCGGAUGCUGCUUGACCUGCGCACUGACCGAGGGGCAAGCGUGUGGAGUCUACACGGGCACUUGUGGACAGGGACUGCGCUGCUUACCUCGAAACGGGGAGGAAAAGCCGCUGCACGCGCUGCUUUACGGCAAAGGAGUUUGCAUGAAUGAGAAACAAGGUGUAUACAAACCACUGCCUAGAGAUCAUGAGUCACACGAAGACAGACACGUUGCAGAGGUAACAGAGGAUCUGCUUCCCCAGGCCAAAGUACCAUUAUUCCAAAGAGACCACGUUAACAGCAAGAAGGCUCAAGCCAUGCGAAAUGAUCAGAAGAGACAGGAGGCUAAACUCAGGAUCAGGGGCAAUUUUGAAUACCCACUAUUCAGAAAGGACAAACAUCACUCUGACAUUGGUCCAUGUCGAAGAAAGCUGGAUGGAAUCGUCCAGAGGAUGAAGGACAACUCCAGAAUCGUGGCUCUUUCACUGUACCUGCCUAACUGUGAUAAGAAAGGCUUCUUCAAGCGCAAACAGUGUAAACCCUCCAGGGGGCGCAAGCGAGGCAUCUGCUGGUGUGUAAACAAGCAUGGAGUUCAGAUGCCGGGCACUGACUUUAAUGGAGGCAACAUCCAAUGCAAAGAUCUUGAAAGCAACAGCAACAACAACAACGAAUGAGACAACUCAGAUUUGGUCACAUAACAAUGAAAUUGUCUUUCAUCUACCAUAUUAUGUGAUUUGCCAAUUAUUUCUUAUCUUAAUCUGAAGGAGUCUGACCUUUAUUUGUGGAAAAUCCAUAUUAUAUAAAAACAGCCUCUUUUAAAGCUAGGCAGAGGAUAUGCUCAAUACAUGCAACAGGUGAUCUUCAUGUGUCAUUAAGGUUGGUGGGAUGUAUCAAUAAUUAUGUGGGAAAUGUACUAGAGUCAUGGACUUGUUUCCACUGUAUCUUAUAUAACAGACAUCUUUAAAAGGUUUUAUGAGCUUAUAGGAAUAGUUCACCUAAAAAUAAAUGUAAUUAUUUACCCAUUAUUGUAUACGACACGGCUUCUUCUGUGGAACACAAAGUAAGAUUUCCAACAGUUUUGUCCAUACAGUCAGUUGGGUACAAAGCAUCAGUCCUUUUGUGAAUUCUUUUGUCUUCCACAGAAAAAAAAAAAUUGCAUAAAAGUUUGGAAUGAUAUGGUGAGUGAAUAAUGGCUGAAUUAGCAUUUUGGGUGAACUAUCCCCAUGUAUUAAUAUGACUGUUUCAUAUGACUUAUUCACGUAAUAGUACUUGUAUGCACUGUGUAUCAGUAUAACCCUUUCCAAAGUUUUCGGCACAUCACUUUUAUUGUCUUGGCAUAUUGUUUUGCCAGGCCGAAUGAUAUAGGGAAAUAUAUAUUCUAAUAACCACUGUUUUAGUGUACUGUAAAAAGAAACACACAAAAGUCCUAUGAAAGAACACAAAGCACAACCUCCCAAAAAAGUGUAGACACAUAUAUAAGCAUGCAGUUUAUAUAAAUCACUAUGGAAUAAGAAAGCCUCACCAUCUGAGAGCACAACUGUGACAAAGCAACCAGCCAUUUUUCUAGUUUUUCAAACUUUAACAGAUCAGGGUCCUUGGGCUCUUAUGGAAAUCUCAGUGCCUUUUUCUACUCAAUAUUUGAAUACUGAUUUACAUCAAAGACAUCAAAGGGGCCACAGAGGGAAAAUACAAACACUCAAAAUGCUUACCUUUAGUUCGCAGGAGUGUAGAUUCAAAAAAGCAAAUUCAGUGUUCUUAAAAAGUAGGCAAAUUGAGAUUAUUUGCAUUAUGAAAAUGCUAUAGUAGUAAAGUACCAAAGGCACUAUUAGGUGUUGGCCUGCAGACUUGAAUUUGGUGC